CAGAGGCCGUUUGUGUGUACUGUUGAUGAUUGUCAUGCGAGUUACCGAAGGAAGGACCACCUGACUAGGCACCUUCUACUACAUGAGGGGAAGACAUUCAAGUGCCCUGUUGAGAACUGCAACAUUGAGUUCUCUUUGCAAGGCAAUAUGAAAAGACACGUUGAGGAGAUUCACGAUGGCGGUUCCACUGCCGCCGCUGACAAAAGUCACAAACAACAUGUGUGUCCAGAGAUUGGAUGUGGAAAGGUUUUCAGAUUUGCUUCAAAGCUAAAAAAGCAUGAAGAUUCUCAUGUUAAGCUGGAAUCAAUAGAGGUGGUGUGCUUAGAACCAGGUUGCAUGAAGCAUUUUGCUAAUGACCAGGGCCUUAGAGCUCAUGUAAAUACAUCCCAUCAAUAUAUGACCUGUGACAUUUGUGGGUCUAAGCAACUGAAGAAGAAUAUUAAGCGUCACCUUCGUUCACAUGAAGCUGACAGCAGUUCCUCGAAGACCUUUCAAUGCGAGUUUAAGGGUUGUAGCUGCACAUUCUCUAAAAAAUCUAAUCUUGAUAAGCAUAAGAAGGCUGUGCACCUUGAAGAAAAACCUUUUCGGUGAGGGUUUCCUGAUUGUGGCAUGAGAUUUGCUUACAAACAUGUGCGGGAUAAUCACGAAAAAACUGCUAAACAUGUUUUUACCCUCGGUGAUUUUGAAGAAGCUGAUGCAGAGUUCAGGUCAAGGCCGAGGGGAGGGAGGAAGAGAGAAUGUCCUACUAUUGAAAUGUUAAUCAGGAAGAGGGUUACCCCACCCAGUAGAUUGGAGGAUUGGUUAUUUAUGCAGGACAGAGAGUAGAGUGCAUUGAGAAUUGUAUUCCCAAUACAAGUAUGCAAAUAUGUUGGUAGUAUUAUAUAUAUUUAGGAUUAGUAUUAGUCUUAGGAGAUAUAGAACAUGUAGGGCAUCAAAGAUUAAACCGUGUAAGAAAUUGAAGGGAGGGAGAACCAUCUUUGAUUGUUCUAUGUAACAUAUAAAGUUCGUCAAUUUUAAAUUU